AUGUCAAAACAUAAUAUGGAUGUGGAAGAUGUUUGUGUUGGCCCAAAUUGUCCAGGUGGAGGCUAUAAUCGAUAUGCAACAAAGAAAACAAUUGCUGAAGGAAGUUUUGAAAUCGCUCUUCUAAUAACAAAUGCUGUACAAUUAAAAGUGUUGUUAGGACACAUGGACCGAACACCAUUAUGGUGGGUGGGUAUCGCUUUAGUUAGCGCAUCGUUAUUAAUUCAAGUGUUAAAUGGUUGUAUCUUGGUCAUACUUGGUCUCGAUGAUAUAACAAAACAACGUCGUCAAACUCGUCUUGUGUCGUUAAAUAAUUUAUCACUAAUAUUAUCAGUUAUAUUGUCUGCUGUUAAUAUUGUUCUAAAUGUUAUUGUAGCUGUUGAUUCUAAUUUAUUAUCAACAGUCAAUCCAAAUAAAACAACAUUAAAAAUAACUUGA